CCGACAUCCACCCAUCCAUGAAACCACAGUAGUCUACACCACCUUGGUGAAUUGAUUUAUUGUCUAGCUGUUGUUGCUCUGUGACAGAAAAAGAUGCAGAAGAGGAGGAAGCCGGAGCCGAUCACUCUCAACCCGAUUCCAGAUGGGAACGCGAUAAACGGAACCGGGUCUUCGGAGACCAACCUGGAGGCGCUCCAGAAGAAGCUGGAGGAGCUGGAGCUGGACGAGCAGCAGCGGAAGCGUCUGGAGGCCUUCCUCACGCAGAAGCAGAAGGUGGGCGAGCUCAAGGACGACGACUUUGAGAAGAUCUGCGAGCUGGGCGCCGGCAACGGAGGAGUGGUCUUCAAGGUCUCGCACAAACCCUCGGGACUCAUCAUGGCACGCAAGCUGAUCCACCUGGAGAUCAAGCCGGCCAUCCGUAACCAGAUCAUCAGAGAGCUGCAGGUGUUGCAUGAGUGCAACUCGCCCUACAUCGUGGGCUUCUACGGAGCCUUCUACAGCGACGGGGAGAUCAGCAUCUGCAUGGAACACAUGGACGGUGGAUCCCUGGAUCAGUCCCUGAAGAAGGCCGGCAAAAUCCCUGAAGAGAUCCUGGGCAAAGUCAGCAUCGCAGUGAUCAAAGGCCUGUCGUACCUGAGGGAAAAGCACAAGAUCAUGCACAGAGACGUGAAGCCUUCCAACAUCCUGGUGAACUCGCGCGGGGAGAUCAAGCUGUGUGAUUUCGGCGUGAGCGGUCAGCUCAUCGACUCAAUGGCCAACUCGUUCGUAGGAACGCGCUCAUACAUGUCUCCGGAGCGGCUGCAGGGCACCCACUACUCGGUGCAGUCGGACAUCUGGAGCAUGGGCUUGUCGUUGGUGGAGAUGGCCAUCGGCCGCUUCCCCAUCCCGCCCCCGGACGCCAAGGAGCUGGAGCAGAUCUUCGGGCAGCCCGUGGAGGGAGACCCCUCGUCCACAGAGGCCUCCCCCAAACCCAGGCCCCCCGGCAGGCCCGGCAGCUCCUACGGUCCUGACAGCCGUCCUCCAAUGGCGAUCUUUGAGCUGCUGGACUACAUCGUCAAUGAACCUCCUCCAAAGCUGCCAGGGAUCUUCAGCGCCGACUUCCAAGAUUUUGUUAAUAAAUGCUUAAUCAAGAAUCCAGCAGAAAGGGCAGACCUGAAGCAGCUGAUUGUCCACCCCUUCAUCAAGCAGUCCGAGGCUGAGGAGGUGGACUUCGCCGGCUGGCUGUGCAGCACCAUCGGCCUGAACCAACCUGUGACCCCCACCCACAGUGCCGGGGUGUGAGAGCGUGACCCCUGCUGACACACACGCUGACACACACACACACACACACACUCAACAGCCAUGCCAAACAAGUCCCUCUGCCAACCCCAAGCAAAGACACACUCUCUCACACACACACCCUCUUUCCCAUCAUGCACUAACCAACUGGCUACCAUGUGCUAACACCAUUACACAAGAGUCUGCCAAUCAAUGAACAAAUUAGCCAAUCACUGCCUCAUUCCACAUCACAACUGGACGGGUCCCCCAGCACAGGUCGGUGAGAUGAGCAGUGCUGAGGGAGACCAGCGCUGACAGUAGACUGUUAGGCCUGUUUCAGACUGCAUGUGUUGUGUGUGUGUGUGUGUGUGUCCGAUGGCUGUGUAAUGUCUUGAUGUUAGUGGUCAGUGCAUUCACUGUCUCAAGUGUGGCUGAAAAUGUUAAUGAAUAUCAGUGAAUUCAGUGAGGUUCCACAGCCAUCUCUCUCUCGCUCACACACACACACACACAAUACAUCCACUAUGACCCACUAACAGACCCUAUGGAUGCCGUCUGUGAAUUCCAUUUUUGAUAUCUGAGCUCAACUGUGUUGAUUGGCUGGGAUUAUUAAUGGUUCGGUCUCAGCCACUGUAUCCUUCCCUUUCACAGACAGGACGGUGUACCAAUUCAGUUUUGUUGUAUAGCUAAUGCUUAACACACGGCAAAAGGGCCAUGUGGACCAAUUGUGCUAAAUUGGGCAAAAGGGGAGUCUACAAUCACAGACUGCACCUUCAAUGAUGUCAGCACAAAAACACAUCAACCUCAACAAGGACAUAUCUUAAGCUUUAGAGACGAUCAAGCCACUUCAAUCAACCAACUCUGAUGAAACCAUGGGUGUAUACUACAAAGGGAGACCAGUGGCAUGUUAAGCAUAAAGCCUGAAGUGUGUUUGAAUUUGACAGGCACAUGUUCGCCCCCUUGAUCUUUUAAAUCUGAGCAUAGUGUACAAAUGGUCAAUGGUUUACUUGAAAUGGCCAGUAUGAGCGCAGUCGUCAAGAACUAGAACACACCUGGUACUUUAGGCUCAACGGAUCUUUUGUAUCCUAUUAUACCCCUUCUGAGUCUCAUAGUUCAGUUUGCCAGGUAAGUGGAACACUGAAGGGCAGAAGAGCACUUUAUAAAAACUUUGACCCAUGAUCCAGAUUAAGUUGAAUUUUUAAUCCCCACCCCCCCAGUUAAUUUAGCCAUUUGACAUGUUGCUUGUUGGCCGAAUGGACAAGAAUCUCUUUCCUAACUGUACAGGUUUCAAAGCCAUAGGAACACUUAAGUGUAAAAACUGAAUGCAAACCCAUCACACUACACGUUUUCCUUGAUUUAUAUUUGUACAAGUGGCUUCAUCCUGUUAAAAGGACCAUUGCAGCUAUGGUCAUCUGCAGUCCCUUCAAUAUGCGUAUUUAUGAUAGGGAGUAGACAUUCCCAGCCUUAUACCUCUGCUCUACCCCAUGAGUCUUUGUGCUAAUGUGUUUCAAAAAGAAUCUGUUGGAAAAUGUAGGGAUAUUUGUGUUCAAUAAACUUGCAGUUUAUU